UCCUCCCACUCCUCUGACAUCACAGCGAGGGACUCGAACCUGUGACACAUGAGCCUCGCCCACGACCAGGUGAGGAGGAGAAGGGUCUGAGGAUGCUGCCCUGGACCGCUGACGACCACAACAAGAAAACACCUGAGGAGGAGGAGGAGGAGGAGUACGCCCUUCCUCUUCCUCUCGUUACCAUGACGACCUCAAAGGAUGACCAAUCAGAGGCCACGGUGAGCCCCUCUGUGAAUCAGGAGGUCAGCUCAGACUCAGGGGAGGAGACAGGGGCGGCGCUGUCGGACUCUAACCGGGAGGGGUUACUGUGGCAACAGAGGGAGGAGGAGGAGCGGGACGAAGAGGAGAUGCAGGCGGUGGCCUCGUCUCCCGAUGGACGAUUCCUCAAGUUCAACAUCGAGAUCGGACGAGGAUCCUUCAAGACGGUUUACAAAGGUCUGGACACGGAGACCACGGUGGAGGUGGCCUGGUGUGAACUACAGACCCACCGUCUGAACAAGGCGGAGCGGCAGCGCUUCUGCGAGGAGGUGGAGAUGCUGAAAGCUCUGCAGCAUCCCAACAUCGUCCGAUUCUUCGACUCCUGGAAGUCGACACUGAAGGGCCACAAAUGCACCAUCCUGGUGACGGAGCUCAUGACAUCCGGGACCCUCAAAACGUACCUGCGCAGGUUCCGUCAGAUGAAGCUGAAGCUGCUGCAGCGCUGGAGUUUCCAGAUCCUGAAGGGGCUACAGUUCCUGCACUCGCGCUGCCCCCCCAUCCUGCACCGAGACCUCAAGUGUGACAACAUCUUCAUCACCGGGCCCACUGCCUCCGUCAAGAUUGGAGACCUGGGCCUCGCCACGCUCAAGAAGGCCUCAUUCGCCAAGAGCGUCAUUGGGACCCCGGAGUUUAUGGCUCCAGAGAUGUACGAGGAGAAGUACGAUGAGGCCGUGGAUGUCUAUGCCUUUGGUAUGUGCAUCCUGGAGAUGGCGACGUCCGAGUAUCCGUACUCAGAGUGUCAGAACGCCGCACAGAUCUACCGCAAAGUCACCAAUGGAAUCAAACCAGAGAGUUUUUUCAAAGUAAAAGUCCCUGAGCUGAAGGAGAUCAUCGAGGGCUGCAUCCGGACCAACAGCAGCGAGAGGUUCACGGUUCAGGACCUGCUGGACCACCGGUUCUUCCAGGAGCAGCUGGGCGUCCACGUGGAGCUGGCCGAGGAAGACGAUGGCUCGAAGGCGGCGCUGAAGCUCUGGCUCCGGAUGGACAGCAACAAGAAGCUCCACGGCAAAUACAAAGAUAACAACGCCAUCGAGUUCCUGUUCGAGCUGUACAAAGACGUCCCCGAGGAGGUGGCCCAGGAGAUGGUGGUGUUGGGUUUCUUGUGUGAGGCGGACUAUAAGCUCGUUGCCAAGGCGAUCAGACACCGGGUGACGGCCAUAAAGCGUCAGCGGGAGAAACAGCGCCGCCUGCUGGAGGGGGCUCAGAGGGACGCUGUCAUCGAGGAGGAGCCUGACCCCGCCCCUCCACCACCUGAACCGUCCAAUCAGAGACCUGCACCUGCCACAAGCACCUUUGCAGAAGGGAAGGUCGCCAGUCAGCAGGAAGCAGCUGCCGUUUCAGCCCCCGCCCCUCCCUGGAUACAAGCCCCGCCCACAGUAACAGCGACAUCAUCAGUGCUGUCGUCGAGCAGCAGCCCAGUGGAUUCUGGGAUCAGCAGCAUCUUCAGCAGGAUGGAGGGAGACAGAGAUGAGGACGACAAAACCGCCAAACACACCUCCUACUCCUCUGCUACCUCGGACUGUGAGAUGGACGUCUCCUUCAGCUCCUCAGGUGUCCCAGAGAAGGUUGAAGCCACACCCCCUCCCAUCACAAACCCCACCACCAUCCCAAUCCUGUCAGUCUCUGCCCCUGCUCCAGUGGCUCAGGAAACCCCUCGCCUUGAGGCUCCUCGUCCUGUGACCCGGGCUCCUUCCAAGGCUCCACCCCUUCCUGUGCUGCGUUUCCCCAAGAGCAUCGCUGUGUCCCAUAAUGCCAAGCGACCGCCGUCUGGAUCAGUCUGCGGCUUCUCCUCACCUGUUGACAGCUACGCCUCUGAUGUGACGUCAGGUCUGAGUGACGGCACCGACGGCCAAUCAGAUCGGGGAAACCAGGAAGCAACUAAAAAGGCAGCUACGAAGCAGUUCAGGAGGAGAGCGAGAGCUCGUCUGAGAAUCACUGGGGUGUCAGAUAUGGUGGACCGGGUGGUGGAGUGUCAGCUGCAGACUCAUGACAGUAAGAUGGUGACGUUUAAAUUCGACCUGGACGGAGACAAUCCAGAAGACAUCGCCUCUGUGAUGCUGCACAGAGACUUCAUCCUGCCGCCAGAGCGGGAAGGAUUCAUCCUCCGCAUGUAUGACAUCAUCAACAGGGCGGAGUCAAUGAUGCCUCAGCCGCCAGCGGGCACGGACAGGUCGUCUCACCUGACCUCGUCCACCCUGCCUGAGUCCACGCCUCACCUGUCCACCCCGGGCCUGUCCAGGACUCUGUCCUCAUCUUCACUACCUGACAUCGAUGCUGACCCCUCCCCCUUAAAGGGCGUAGACUUUCACAUCGACCCUGAGGCCACGCCCCCCGUCAGACCGCUGAGGUCACAGUCAUUUCACACCUCCUCAGCUCCACAACUACCCCCACCAAUACCCCUCCCAGACUCUACCCUCUCCACCCCCCACCUCCCCCCUCCUCAGUACCACCUCCCAUCUCCUCCCUACUCCCCCUACUCCGCCCCAUUCCCCCCACAGAGCCCUGCCCCCGGCCUCCCACGGGUCCACAGUAACCCCUCCCUCCUCACCCCUCCAUCCACCUCCUCCUCAGCCCCUCCCCCUCCUCCUCACUGGCCCCCCCCUGACCAGCCUUUCUUCACCCUGACCAACAUGCUCUCUCUGGCCAUGAGCGUGGCCCAGUCCUUCAUGCCCCCACCCGGGACCCCAAACCAGGGCUUCCUCCCCCACACCCAGCCCCUGUCUCCCCCAUUCCCCUCCCUCCAGUCUCCUCUCUCUCCCCCCAUGUCUCCAUCACUGGGUCCUAAGCACCACCGCCCCCCGACACUCUCCUCCUUCUCCCCUCCCUUCACCCCACAGUCUCCCUAUGGCCCCCCCUUCCCUCAGACCGGCUCUGCCCAGGACGGCCAGCAGGGGGCGCCGCCCAGCCGGACUCCAGACUCACCUCAGUCAUUGCAGCGCCACAGUCCCGUUCAGCUGAAGGUCGGCUCAGCUCCACCUCCUUAUGGUUCAGGUUCCGUCUCUGCUCCAGGUCCAACCACAGCUCCAGGUCCAACCACAGCUCCAGGUUCAACCACAGCUCCAGGUCCAACCACAGCUCCCAGUCCAACCACAGCUCCCAGUCCAACCACAGCUCCCAGUCUGACCACUGCUGCCAGUCUGACCACAGUUCCCAGUCCAACCACAGCUCCCAGUCUGACCACAGCUCCCAGUCCAACCACUGCUGCCAGUCUGACCACAGCUACCAGUCCAACCACAGCUCCAGGUCCAACCACAGCUCCCAGUCCAACCACAGCUGCCAGUCUGACCACAGCUCCAGGUCCAACCACAGCUCCCAGUCCAACCACAGCUCCAGGUCCAACCACAGCUGCCAGUCUGACCACAGCUCCAGGUCCAACCACAGCUGCCAGUCUGACCACAGCUCCAGGUCCAACCACAGCUCCCAGUCCAACUACAGCUCCAGGUCCAACCACUGCUGCCAGACUGUCUCCUGUUAAUGAGGUGAAGAAACCUUCAGUCCUCACCGUCGGCCGUUUCCAGGUGACGCCCUCUAAAGACUUCCCCGCUGUCCGUCAUCAGGAGCCCCGCCCACUCAGCCGGGCCACGCCCACCGCCCACUCCCCACCUCCCUCCAGGUCAAACCAAUCAGAGAGCUCGGAGAGCAGCACGGAGGAGCAGAGCGAAUCAGGACAGAGCAGCAUUGUCACGGUGACGGUGUCCCCCCCGCCUGGUGGUUACCGUGACAACCACGAGGAGGAGGACAGGAGGAGGAGGGGGGGGCAGAGGCUCGGCGUCAGUCUGUGGGAGGGGUCAGCCAGCAGCCCUGGGGUGAGUGGCAGCAGCUUCAGCCAAUUGUGGAGCCGCUCUGUACCCUACGUCAGCUCCGACGAAUCAGAGAGCGAGAAGGAGGAGAUGUGGGAGGAGCUACAGGAGCUCCGUGAGAGACACCUGGCUGAGGUGCACAACCUGCAGGCCAAUCAGAAGAGAGAGAUCGAGGAGUUGUACCUGAGGAUGGGUAAAGUCCCACCCCCCGGCAUCGUCUCUCCAGCCGCCAUGUUGAACCAUCGCCAACGCCGCCUCUCCAAGACAGGAAACUACCCUCCUGUUCGUAAGAACAGCCUGCAGAGACUAGACGUGCUGCCUCCUACAGGCAUCAUGAGGAAGAGCUCGGUGAGCGGCAGCAGCAGUGGAUCUCAGGACAGAGCAGCUAAAGGAGUGACCUUUGCCCCCGAACACACCUGCAAGGUAGAGAAACACCUUUCUCCUGCAGUGAGUGAGAGGAGCUGAAGACAUGAUAAAGAUGAAGCGGAAGAGGAAACAUGAAAAUCUUCAUCUGAUCAAACUCGUUUUUAGAUUUAUUUUAAUUUCUCUGUUUUCUUCAGCACUUUACAGCAGAAACACUGAGACUCAAUGAUUCUGUUUUAUUAAACUGACGAGAGUUAAAACACAGCUCAGGACUCUGACUCUGAUCAGUGAGUUUCUGCUGGAACAGAUGAUUUCACUGAUUUUAGAUCUGAUCUGAUUUUUCUAUUUGCAUGAAUCAAUUAUCUGAUGUAAAUAUUUCACAAACCUGCUGCUCAGUCUGUUUCUGUUUCCACUGAAGCAAUUUAAAGAUGAUUUAAAGAAUAAUUAUUGUGAUAUUUAAAGAGAGACUGACCUGAUGUUUGACGCCUGCAGGUGUUCUGAUCAGGUGACGUCCAGCUGAGACAAACAUGAUUAUUAUUUCAGUUUGUAAAGUUUGCUGUUCACAGAUAAUAAACCUGAUAUAUUUUGGUUGUUUGCCGUC